GGUUCACCAGCCGGACAGGGAUCAAUGGCACUUUAUGUCUCUCAGCGUGGUCGUGGACCUAUAUUUCUUUCUUUUUUUCUUUUUUUCUUUUCUUUUUUUUUCAGUAUGUAAAUGUGUUUGUUUGAUACAAAUGCUAAUCUUGACUUUUCCUUUCACUUUUUUUCUAUGUUAUGCCGUCGAAUACGACGAACAUGGCGCAAGAACGACAUGGAAAAGACGUUAGCGUUCAUGGAAUCAAACUCGGAGGGCUACCCUGUGUUUUGCGCAUGAAUCGCAUAGGACGCUAUAGAUUAGAGCUGCAAUAAAAGCUAUCUAGCCUUAAUGACAUCUG